GUAUCACCCGCAUUCACAUAUCUCGUCGGUGCCGGUACCCUCGACAACGAAAACCUACUACGAGUUGCAGAGUAGUAGUCGGCAACCGGUGUCGGCUACAGGUGUGAAUUCAACACCGCAACAACCUCCAGCACAGAAUAAUGAUAGCAGGUUGUAUUCCUAUCCGGGUACCACGUUUUACACUCCUCGGAAUAGUACUAGUAGUGGUUCUAGUCAGGAUCAGUACAAUUACAAGUACACCUCGCAGAAUUAUUACCCCAGCAACCAUUACAGCAAUCUGCUGCUGGUGGUGGUGGUGGUGGGGUACCACACAACGUAGGCAUCUACCAGUUCACGCUAGUAAUCUUUACCAAUCUGGUAGUGGUACUGGUAGGGCACAAGUUGUACAGAAUUCGAAUAAGGCGACGUAUAAUGGUGUCCCCAGCUCCUUUCCGCCCCACACGUAUGGGAACUAUCCAAAUGGCAACUAUGCUAGUGGUACCUCCACGUCCACGGUCUCCAGGGCCACCUAUGUGAAUACUCCGCAUCCGCCGAGUGUUACCAAUUAUCCUCAACGUCCCACGAAAACACAGACGGUACCAGUGGCUCUUUCCAUGCCGGUACCUAAGGUUAAACGUGAAAGUCCGCUGGAUUUGUCAGUGAAAACUGUGAGGACUUUGGCGGAUUCCACUCUGGGUGAUGAUGAACGUCAUUAUCGACCUCCGGUUGGUGGUAGGUAUGAAUUACCUGCGCAUCCCACGCAUUAUUUGGCUCGGGCACCCAAAGUGGACUUUUCGCCGAAUUUUACCAUGCAACAGGAGGUACCACAAGUGCAACCACCAAGACAUCAUCCACAACAACAACAACAGCAACCAACGCGAAGCAAUAACUAUUACAACUAUCCAUAUGCUACCUCAAGUCUGCCGAAGGUCGAGUUUGAUUUUCAGCAGCGCAAGCGCUCCCUGGAACAUGCCACACCAUCAACCAUUCCGGAGAAAAUCCCCAAAGAUAAUAAGGUGGAUACGUGGCGGCAGAAAAUGGAUCUGCAGAUUGAGCAACGUCUGAGUUCGUAUUCCAAACCACGACAGGAUGUUAAUCCUGAUCCAGGGACACCUACACCCAAUGGAACGCAUUAUCAACUCCAAGCACAACCACAAUAUCCUUACUAUAAUAAUACUAAUAUACCCAAACAAGCGACCAGCACGAAACCACCAGCUACCAAAAAGGUACUCAAUCUUCUCCGUACUAGUUUACAGAAUAAAGGUGUGAAGAAACCCACACCUGAUCAACCUACCAGAUCGUAUCUGGAGCAGGAGGUGCUGCAACCGUCGACGGAUGUAAUGGCACCCCUCCAGCCGAAACCUGGUAUUGUGGGCAGGAGGAAUGUCUCGCCGUUUACAGCGGUUAGCCUCGAGCGCAAUUCGAACACACCACCAACGUACAAGUUUCACAUCCCGAAGGCGAUUGAUUCUGUGAUAAUUUCCGAUGAGGGCGAGAAGGAGCACGAGGCUUCCAUGGGUGGUGAUCUGGAUGGGCUGGCGGCGUUUCUAGCGGCACGCAUUCGUACCAAGGCGGAACUCAAGCAGGUUACCUCGAAUGAUGUGACCGCUGCGGGUGCGACCAGUAAUAAUAACGGUAGUAAUGUCUCACCUCCUAAAUUGAAGAAGGAUGUCGCCAGGAUGAGUCCCAGUCCAAUGGUGGUUCCGAAGAAACUCUUUGGGAGGAAUGAGAUGAAACGCAGUGAGGUGCGCAGUUCUUCGGAGACGAGUGUGUUUGACUUUCCGGAUAGCGAUAAAGAGCAGGAUAUGCCAGUGUUGAAUAUUCGUAAGGAUAGGAGUAAGGUGGUUGCGCCAGGUGCCAACAAAGUAAUGAAUUCGGAGAGUUUUGUGCUGGAUAAUAUUCCUGGUAAUGAUGGGGAACGAGCGUCGAGUCCGUUUAGUUUGCUGUUUAAUCAGACUUGUGAUAGUUUUGUGGAGCAGUUGAUGGGUGGCACCGGCAAGAAACGUGGACGUAGAAAAAAGGAAGAUGUGAAUGAUAACGAAACACCAGAGAAGAACAUACCUUUAAUUCAGACAGAAAUCAAAAAGGAAGUUAUUGAAGAUGAGGUGGUGCCUGUGGUACCUCCAGUGGUGGUAAUAAAACAGGAACCUGUAGAGGAUGAUAAAAUUGUUAAACUAGUGGUUGACCCCAAGUCUGAUACAGAUUCUGAUACACCUCUGGUGCAUAUUGCGAGUAAACAGAAGAAGAAAUUUAGUAAAAAGGAAAAGGUUGCUAAGGAAGCAGCUGCUAGUAGUGAUAGUGAAGUGGAGAAGUUUUCCAGGAGUUUACCACCUCAAAAGGACUUCUAUGCUUCCCUGAAAUCCCCGAUUGCGAUUUGUAAACCCGGAAAGAAGCCCACCUUUGGAGAUGGGUCAGAUUUCCGGCCCGGAUGGGAAGAUGCACUUUAUAGGUAUAAAAAAUCUAUCCGGAUACCAAUGCAGUUGAUUCAGGUGACACGCCCGCCGAGUUCGCAACGUUUAAGUACGUCUCUUCCGGAUUUGGACCCGUGUCCCAUUUCGCCAGCGCCGAAAACGGAAAGCCUCGACAGUGAUAUGGACUCUAAUUGUAGUUUUAGUUUCUCGAAGCAUUACGACAGCGAUCAGGGAUCUAUGAAGAGUUUCAGCAGUAAGUGUUCUAUUUUGGAUAAACUGCUGGUGCGGGUUGGGGCGAAGAAACGCAAGCGGAGAAAAGAUGAACUCUUGGGUCCUAAGAUUAUCCCAAAGUCGGAAAGUGAACUCCUGCCUACUCCCAGCUUGGAAAUCAAAGAUGUCAUUGUUAAGGGUACCCUCUUGGGUUUCCGGAAGAAAACCAUCGAGAAUUUCAAGGAUACCUUCAUUAACAACUCGAAUAAGAUUGUGGGUGUGAAUGAAUUCAAUACGGUGGUGUUAAAGGCACGCACCCGCACGGAGACGAGGGUUCUAAAGGAGAAGGCGACCAUUCGGGAGGUUUUCGGUGAGGAUAGACCAGCAUCAGCCCCGCCUGUGACCUGUGUCGAUGAGCUGAAACCCGAUGAACCUUCAAAGGGUGAUAAGGAGAACCAGUUGAAAAAGGAGUUUAAUGAUGUCCUCAUCAAGGCCAUUGAAAGCAAAAAGCUGGAAAUCAACGUGGAGAGUAUUAAGAAGGAGAAGGAAGAUGAUAAUAUUACAGUGAUAAGCAAUGAUAGUAUAGAAAUUGGUAGUGGUCGUAAGAAGAACAAACUGAGGAGGAAGCUGAGCUCUGGUUUUGAUUAUAUCCGCAAGAAGAAGAAGCAGAUUAAGAAGGAGGAGGGUGCCGAAGAUGCUGUCAAGGUUAAGAGACGUGGUAUACCGUCGAAAGCGACGCCUGAGUCUGUGGAUGAUAUCCAGAAGGAGAUUAAGCAAUGGGUGCUUAAUAAAGGUGUUGGGGAGACGCAUCUGCAUCGGGCAUCACGAUCUGGUUACACUGAUAUAACUGCGUAUUGUUUGGAGAAAAUGAUGUGUAAUCCGUCCCCGAAAGACAACGCUGGCUAUACUCCUCUGCACGAGGCUUGUUCAAAAGGACAUUUGGAUAUUGCAAGGCUAUUGUUGCAAUAUGGCGCACAAGUUAGUGAAUCUGCACAUGGCGGAAUAAGGCCUUUACAUGAAGCAGCUGAAAAUGGUUAUGUUGAAAUUAUUCGUCUGCUGCUUUCCUACGGUGCGGAUCCAUCUUUGGCGACUUAUAGUGGUACCACUCCGCUGCAACUUGCGAGUGACGAUACAACUAUUGCGGUUUUACAAGAACAUUUGAAUGAAUUGCAAGGCAAAUCGCAUAUGCCAUGGACGUUUAGUGGUCCUGCCAGUAUUUUUGAUGGUGAUAAUGAAGGUUUUGAUCCACUUUGUGAUGUACCCGAAUCCGAUCCAACUUCGGAAGCUGAAGAUGUGGAAUUUGAGGUGUCCGAACACCUCCUACCUAAUUUGUACAUCCUGCCCGAGUGUGAAACCAAUGAGCGUUGGAUGAUUCUACCCGAUUUAUCCAAUGCACUGAAAAUAAAAUCGAAGGAAACCCUCCUGCGUCAAUUGAACAUUGCCUCGCCGACGAAGAGCGACCUGGUGCGCGAGAUGAAAAUGGCCGAGUUCCUCGAGAAGGCCCACUGUUGUCAAUUUAUGCACGCCAACGAGAAGCUCAACACGCGCCUCUCGAAGAUUUUUUUAGUUAAGUACACGGACAAAGUGAAGCGCUUGCUGAAUGUCGAAGAGGUGAAGUUUGCUGCGCGUCGGUGACCUCCGCCGCUGAUGAAGAAGGGUGGUAAACGUGUUGAAUUGAACUGCAGCAGUAAUUAAUUUAUUACUCAAUGUGCGAUAUAUGAUUGUGAUGUGCGCGUGCAAAUUAGGGAUGAGUUGAUAGAUAUCUAAGUUAAGUUUUUCUCUUCAUUGUGAUCGUCUCUUUAAACAAACAACAGAAACUCAAGUGAAGUUUUGAAUACAUUUAACGCAACGUAAUUAGUAAUAAUACGAAACAAAUGAUAGAUUUAUGGUAAAUUAAAUAUAUUAGAAUUUAUAUGUGUAAUAUUAUCAUAAUCAAAUUUUAUUAUUCGAUCACAACGUGUCGUACGCAAAUAUUUUGUCUUUGUUGGUUUGUUUGUUUGUUUUUUGUUUAAGAAGUUUUAUUUUAUAUAAACCAUAGACGACUAUAUGACGGUUCCUAUCGAUUACGAUGUGAAAAUUACAAAUUAUGUGUGCGCGCUGGAACAACGCAAAUACUCAAAUCGCAAAUUUAUUUUCAUAUCAUGUGAGAAUCAACAAUACGUAGUUUUGUUUCGUCCGCGUUGUAACCAAACAACAAACAAGAAAAACACAACUAUUUUCAAAGAGGAAAAUCAGCGAGAUUUACAUUUUGUAUUCUCCAAUUUACUGUGCAAUUUUUUAUUCGUUUUAUAUUGAAAGAGAACAUCAAAUCGAUGAUCUGUGAGAAUCAAAUACGUUCAAUAAAUCAACUGGAUGUUAAUAUUAA